GCCGUAUGCAAUCUUACGUCAUUUUCACAACGUUCGAAGUAAAACGACACGUGCAGAGGGGCGUCCCCGCACUGAGCGUCGAUUCGUUCCUCUGUGAUGACCGACGGACGUCGCGUGAACGACGAAUUGGUGAGCCGUAUAUAAUAGCGAACGGGUCUGUACGAUCGUGAUCAGUGAAGUGAUAUACAACGCGCGAUGGAGAAUGGCACGUCCGACUCCCGAACCAUUAUUCGGUCUCCCGAAGACACGGCAAAAGAGUUCCAAGCUUAUUUGAGAAAAUACGAAAAAGAUGACAAGUUGGUGAUUCUGGAGGCCACGGACAGGCCAGGGUCAAAACUCGGCGACAAUUAUACGUCGGUGAUGAUCAGAACGAAACUCGUCGGUACACGCGGAGACGGAAGUCCAUAUGCCAAGACUUUUAUGACCAAGAAGAUCCUGCGUGGGGUCACCAUCAACAAAGUAAUAGACCUAACUGAUUUAUUCCGUAUGGAGUCGCAUGCCUAUACGAAAAUAUUACCUGUCCUUGGAUCUUUUGGCCCACCCUGUAUAUAUGCUGACUCGGACACUAUAAUAAUGGAAGAUUUGGCGGAGAAAGGAUACGUCAAUUGCGAGAGGCGCGAUAUGUUGGAUUUAGAUCAUACUGUCUUUGCCUUAAAGAAACUUGCCAAGUUACACGCGUCGGCUUUAGCCAUAAAGAUCAACAAUCCGCGGCUGUUCGACGAGUUGAACAGUCAUCUGGAAGAGGUAAUCUACACGGAUAAUUCCGAAACGUCGGUAAUGAGGCUAUGUACCGAAACGUGCGUGAAGACAAUAGUACAAUAUUUAGAUAUGGUAGAGCCGCGGACGCCGGAGUGGCAGAGUGUUAGAGAUCACAUGGCCAGCUAUCUUGAUAAGGCCUACGACACGAUGCAGCGGAUGUUCACCAUGCCGAAGCAAAAGUACGACACGAUCUGCCACGGUGACCCGUGGGUCAAUAAUUUGCUCUUCCUGCAUGACAACGACGGCAGGAUAAUCGAUUUGAAGAUGGUGGAUUACCAGAUAAUCAGGUAUGCCUCGCUGUCCUCGGACAUCCUCUACUUCAUAUAUAGCAGCGUGCAAACGUCGCUGAUCGAGAGGAGCUUCGAGAGCCUUCUCAAGAUCUAUCACAACGAGUUCCUCAGCGAGCUCCGUCGAUCGCACGUAGACGAGAACGUGCUCGCGGAGCUCGGGAUGGACUGGCUGAACUCGGAGCUGCGAGCUUACUCGUUUUACGGAGCGCUCAUUGGAUGCUUCUUCAUAAAUCCGCUUUUGGCGGAGGAGGAGGACGUUAAAGAAUUUGAAAAGGUCGAGUUCGGCCCGAUGAAUCCGAUGUACCAAAUAGACACAAAGUCGCCGACGGCCCACAAGAAGAUCGAUCGCGUCAAACGCGUCGCGUUUCAAUAUUACAGGCGACUUAAAUUGGGUAUUAUUAAUGACGAUAUCGAACCGAUUCCUAUUACGGGAUAGUAUAUUUGCUCGGCAUAUGAUAAUGUCUAUCGUCUAAUCAUUUGAUAUUAUCGUCUAAUAAACAACUGUAAAUUGUGGCGUUUAUGAGACAUAAAAGAAAGCAAUCGUAAUUUAAGCCCGUGUCAAUGUAGAUAGAUUACCGGUGUGUACAAAGAGAGAAAGAGUGAGUAAUUCUUAUAUUGUAUACAUCUGAAAAUAUAAUUGUUUUUAGAAAAAUAUUGAUUGAAACAUUUUUAUGGAAUAUUUCUUUUUACAAUCAUUGCUUGAAAUUUUAUACCGACUCCCAAAUGUGACAAUUAAUAUAAAGUGAAAUAACGCACAA